AUGAAUUCUUUUGAUUUUCAAAAAAGACUUUUGUUAUGUUAUGUUUAGUCUUUCACUGUAAACUUGAAAUAUUCUUCAUAGUACUUAAUUGAUUCUAACUUAAAACCAAUUUUUUUAAGAAUAAUCUCUGGUUUCAUCACACACUAGNAGCUCUAGAAGAAGCUUAAAAAUUCUGUUAAAAUGUUAAUAUUGCUACUAAUAUUGCAGUAAAACUUAUAUUUAAUUGAAGUAAGAUGAAUUUGGUAAAAGAUUUAUUCCUGAACUUGAAUAAUGGAAUAUAAAUAAAGAAGAUUCUUAUCUUCAUUAUUGUGAUAAUGAAACUGUUGAAGGAUUAGAAUAUCAAUUUAUUCCUAAAUUUAGUAGUGUUCCUAUUGUAACAGAUAUGAGUUCCAAUUUCUUAACUAAGUAUAUUAAAUCAACUAAUAAGACCUUUGGAUUGGAGUAAAUUAGACCUAGUUUAUGCACAUGCAUAAAAAAACAUUGGAAUUGCAGGUUCAACCUUAAUGAUUAUCAAACCUGAACUUAUCAAUAAUCAUCAAAAUAUUCCAUAUAUGUGGGAUUUCAAAGAAAUGAUUAAAAAAUAAUCAUUAAUCAGUAAUCUUCCAAUCUUUCCAAUUUAUGUCAAUACAUUGGUUUUUGAUUGGAUCAAAAAAUAAGGAACCUUAGAUUUUUGGGAUUAAUACUGUAAAAAAAGAUCUCAAUAAUUAUAUAAAAUUAUAGAUAAUAGUCAUGGAGUGUAUAUAAAUCAAGUAAAGAAAGAAUAAAGAUCAAGAAUUAAUAUUACAUUUACAUUAAAAGAUGAAAUUGAAACAAAUAAAUUUAUUGAGUUAUGCAAAAAUAAUAACAUUAUUGAAGUGAAAGGACAUAGAGCCAUAGGUGGAUGUAGAAUAUGUUUAUAUUUGCCUAUUCCAUAAAUAGGUAUAGAUAAAUUAUCUUUAAUUAUGGAAGACUUUAUGAAUUGA